CCUCCGACACUCCAGCGCUCGAGCGUGUUAUUUAGCGUGCAGCAAUGCGAAGAGUGGCCGAGGACAAGGCGAAAGACGCGCGCGAUGUGACUCGUUUUGUCAGUGCAGCCGCGUGCUAGCUACCCGAGUGUGUGCGCGCGCAAAGGAAAAGCCCGAUGUAGGGGCGGACAUGCGCGGGCUCAGGUGUCCCGGCUUCACGGCGGCGCUGCUCCUGCUCGCGCUCACCCAGCUCGGCGCAGCCCUUAAGUGUGUGUGUCAGCUGUGUGCGAAUCACACCUGUGAGACGGAGGCUGAGGGAGCGUGCUGGAAUUCAGUGAUGCUGAUCAAUGGGAAAGAGGAGGCUGUGAAGUCUUGCCUCUCUGCCAGUGAGCUGAAGGGCCAAGUGUUCUGCUACAGCUCAAGAAACGUCUCCAAACGCAACUGCUGCUUCACCGACUUCUGCAACAAUGAGACCCUUCACCUUCACCCAGGAGUAUCCUCUGAUGGCUCAGGUUGGGGCCGGCUGGAGUUGGCAGCUGUGAUCCUGGUGCCAUCAUGCCUGCUGUGUGUGGGUGUGGUUCUAGGUCUUUGUGCUCUUCAGAAUCAGCGGUGUGUGCACAGUAAAACCCGGAAACAGGACCCAGAGGAACCGCUGGAUGACCAGAGCCUCGUCUCACCUGAGAAAUGCCUGAGAGAACUGAUCUAUGACAUGAGCACGUCAGGCUCAGGAUCAGGACUGCCGCUGCUGGUUCAGAGGACGAUAGCACGAACCAUUGUGCUACAGGAGAGCAUUGGGAAGGGUCGUUUUGGAGAGGUGUGGAGAGGGAAGUGGCGGGGUGAGGACGUGGCUGUGAAGAUUUUCUCCUCUCGAGACGAGCGCUCAUGGUUCCGCGAGGCCGAAAUCUACCAGACCAUCAUGCUGCGGCAUGAGAACAUCCUGGGAUUCAUUGCAGCUGAUAAUAAAGAUAAUGGUUCGUGGACUCAGCUGUGGCUGGUGUCAGAGUAUCAUGAGUAUGGCUCUCUGUUUGACUACCUGAACAGGUAUACAGUGUCUGUGGAUGGUAUGAUUGUUCUGGCGCUGUCAAUUGCCAGCGGCCUGGCUCAUCUACACAUGGAGAUCAUCGGCACUCAAGGGAAGCCAGCGAUUGCUCACAGAGAUAUAAAGUCCAAGAACAUCCUGGUGAAGAAGAACGGCACAGCGGUGAUCGCUGACCUGGGGCUGGCCGUCAAACACGACUCCACCACCAACACCAUCGACAUCCCAGUCAACCACAGAGUGGGCACCAAGAGGUAUAUGGCUCCUGAGAUUCUGGAUGACACCAUUAACAUGAACAGCUUUGAGUCGUUUAAGCGGGCGGAUAUCUACUCUCUGGGGCUGGUGUUCUGGGAGUUGGCCCGGAGGUGCUCUGUUAGAGGGAUUCAUGAGGAUUUCCAGCUGCCUUAUUAUGACCUGGUGCCUUCAGACCCAUCGGUGGAGGAAAUGAGGAGAGUGGUGUGUGAUCUGAAACUGAGACCGAGCAUCCCCAACCAAUGGCAGAGCUGCGAGGCACUGCGGGUGAUGGGUAAGAUCAUGAGGGAGUGCUGGUAUGCCAACUCUGCUGCUCGCCUUACUGCGCUGCGUGUCAAGAAAACCAUCUCUCAGGUCACUGUCGUCAAGGACGGUAAAGAGUAACUGAGCUGCACACACUAUGUGCUCAAAGGCGCUGGUUUGAUGACCUCUGAGUGACCCCUCCAUCACUGAUUAGGGGGACCACAUUCUAAAGACAUUUUGGAAAGCUCUGUCUGUGAUGCCAAAGAACCCUAGUGUCUAGCAGUGAGGACUUCCACAGUGAAGUGAUUAACUGCAGUGGGAUAUUGAGCUGAUCUUAGCAGGUUUGGUCUCUGACUCUUUUCACCGAUUGUGUAAAGGUGCAGGGCGUACGACUCCGCACUUGUGAACGAGCACUUUUUCAGUCAUUGUCUGGCUGUUUUCCUAAACACUACCUCUUCCCCACUCCAGUUUAGCUCUCCUCAACAUUUCCUCUUCUCUCUCCACUCCUCUUCACUUGUCAUCACCUCGUAUCUCAUUAUCCUGCUCUCCUCUGUUUUCUCCUCUUCUCACUACUCCUCCAGCUGCUUUUCGUGUUGGCCCAGACUCUGCAGUACAUUGCCAACAAAGCUUAUAAAGGUUUUUUAUAAUAUUCAUAGAAGAUUUUGCAUUAUUAGCUAGUUUCCCAUACAGAUUAAGUCUAGUCUUGCACUAAAUCAUAAUGCCAAUGGUGACUCACCAUUGAAAAUCCUUAUUAGUUCAUACUUAGGCCUAAUCUGGGUCUGGGAAACUGGCCCUAAGAGAUUGGAGCAUAAUAAAGUGCACCAUUACUACAGUAUAUUUCAAUAACCUGACAACAAACAGGCCAAGUGCAUUAGCCAACUAAACUCUGCCCCAGUGUUAUGAAAAGGAGACAGCUGGUGUUUUAUUGCUGCACUUGUGUAUAGCCAUGCUACAUGCUAAUGUAUCUAUUGAACAUUUAGCCAUUUCAGUGCAAAAAAUAAUUUCUUGGCAGGUGAAAACAUAUAUAGUCAGUAUAUGUAAUAUUUCUCAUUAUGAGAUUGUUGUAAGCAUGUUAUAACAUUCUACUUAUUUUAGAUUUUGUAUAUGUUAAGAGUCAUUUUUUGCAGGUAAAAUGUCUAAAAAUGAGUUGAAUUGUCUUAUAAUAGUCACAUGACAGUCGCAAAUUGAUGAAAUAUUAGAUAUAACCGUUGUAAAUAAGGUAAUUUCAUUUGCCAAGAUAUUUUUGCAGUCAAGGUAGAUAUUUUGCAUGUGAAUGUACUGUUUAGCUCAUGCCAAUGAUUGUAGCGUUGUAGUGAAUUUUCAGUGGUGUUGUCUCUGACCACAACAGGCCUGGGUGUUGUUUGGUGGGUGGUGGGUGGGGGGUUGGCUUUUAAAAAGUGCUUUCAAAAGUAGAGCUGCCCUGAUUUCAUAAAAACAUCCUGUUUUUUUCCUCAAUCUCUCAGUAUUGCUUAACUAUAAAAACACUGCUCCCUGCACCUUUCAGAAGGAUGGACUGCUACCUCAAGUGUUUCUUUAAGUGCCAAAUGCUUUGAGUUGCACAUAUGCUUGUGCCAUACAUGUUGAUAUUAUGCAUAUAUACUGUAUUCUGUAUGUGUAUGUGAAUUAUUUUUGUUACUGAACAAGACACUCAUGAGUUUUCCUGAUUGAUUAGGAAUCAGUCAGCCAAUCAAAUAAUGCAUUAAUUGGCCAAUCAACCAACCAACUAAUUGAAAUGCCAUUUAUUACUAGUGUACUUUUCCUAUUUUUGUAAAGCCCUUUUAAGCGUACAUAAAGGACCAAGAUAUCAGAAUGUGUUUUAUAUAUUCUUUGAUAUUGAAACAUUUGUAUUGCUUCUCAGUUUGAUUUAAAACAGCUUUCUCCUGAUUUGAACAAGGAAAUUGGAUCUUUUAAGCAAUGCUUUGAGCUUAGCACAUGUUUUGCUUUCCUUAGCAAAAAUUAAGUAGAGAUGUGUUAUUUUCUAGAUGUGUUCAUUUCAGAACCCUUUAUCACUUUCAGUUGCACUGCACAGAGAUUUCCUAGCGCGAGUGUGACUUCCUGUAAGGCAAUGUUAUUUUUGAAUGUGAAAAAAAGAAGAAAAGUAGCUGCUUUUGCUUUAAGAGAGAAGACAGAUGCACUGGACAUACCCGGCAAGAUAUAUAUUCCUUUGUAUCAAGUGCAAUAUCAAAUACAAAAGCACAACUGCCAUUUGACGUCUGAAGCCUUUUCAAUGAGACUCUGAAGCUUAAGAAUGCCAAUGUGGGGAAAAAAAUGAGAAACAUGAAAAUGUUCUAUGUGAAUGCUCUUUAUCUGUGUUUUCUUUGUAAUGUCCUUGCAUUGCACUACAGAGCAGCCAGAAGCUGCCAAAGAAGCUUCAAAACUACUAAUCUAAGUAUGUAGCAGGAGAAAAAGAAAAAAAUAUAUAUAUAAUAUGAGCGUAGAGUCCAAGUCCUGGACCAAAAUAGGCCUUUCAGUGGAGAAUCUCCAUUUAAAUUCCUAAUUUCUAUAACUCACAAGCUGUGCAGUCAUAAAAUACAUCAGCCAAGAGAGAGAGAGAGAGAGAGAGAAUCUGUCUUGAUAUCACUUGCAAAUUUUUAAAACUUCACAUUGCAACUUAGAGAUCAUACCUGAGCAUCCAGCACUCGUUGUCAUGUUGAUGGUUGGCCAACAAGACUUGGGUAAUCUGUUCUGUCUUAGGUAAUUAAAGGAAUUGUUCAGUUCUUGCUUCUUUAGGUUUGCACUAGAGCAGAGUUGAAUGUAACUAACAGUCAAUGGGACCUUAUACCUCAUUAUAUUAGUGUUGUGCAAACAGCAUGCCCAAAUCAGCACUCGCAUGCCUUAAACCACAGUGGGAUGUUAAGUAACAGCACAUAGACUUGCAUAUGUGGUUUCUGACACCUGUAUGACAAAUCAGUAUCUAUAAAAAUGGACAAAAACACAGUAAAAGUAGGCAUUUUCAAGCCUUUUGUCUGUGUAAAUUAGAUUUUUUUGCUGAACAGUUUCUUUAAAGACCCAGAGAAGGACUGCUGUGUGUUCACUGAACUUGUCUUUUUUGCCUUCAUGCUUCUGAGUUUGUUGUUCUCCCAGCUUACAUACUCUUUAUUCAUCCGAAGCCGUUUAUGAGCUCAACUUGGUUUGUAAGAGGAGGGAACACACUAAACGUCAUAGGUCAAGGCUGAGAGCAGGUGCUAAUGUAGACUGUGAUAGGCUGUGAUAGACUGAAGGUCUGGGGGAUUGGCCAUUACUGUAGGUAAUAUAUGAGUAAGAUGCAGCAUACUGCAAAUCUGUGGUCUCGCUCUGGUUACUUUGAGUUUCAGCUGUCAGUUUAACCCUUAGAAGUGUACAGAGUUAUGACUGUGUGUUUUUUUUGUGUUUAAUUACAUAUGUACGCAAUUAAUUACACUUUUAACAACUGCCUACCAAAAAUCUUUCCUCUUUGCGUAGAACAGGACUGCAGGCACAAUAAUAGCUUUUCAUCAAAUUCCUGUCUUAAUAGCAGUUGAGAAUUCUAAUUCUUCCUUUUUUCCACUAGCAAAAACAAUGACUUCUGAGAGUUAAAGUAAACAGGUAGUGUUACACUAACAAAUCGUGCCAAAUCAUUUCAUUGUUAGAUAACACUUUUUAGCAGUGUUCAAAACUACAUGACCCCUGCAUAAGCCCUUAAUGACAAAUAACAUAAACCUACAUAAACAUUUCUUAAAAGCUUAUUCCAAAAGAUAUUAAGUAUGUAUACAAAGUACUAUAAAGUGUAUAUAUAUGAUAUCAAGUUAGCUUAACCUCUAUUUCAGGGUUAUUUUCAUUCAUUUGACAUUAGGUCAUGACAUUUUCUGGGGUGUAAUGACAUAUUUGUAGCUCAAAGUAAUUCACAUUGACAUAAUGCUAAAAAUACGACAGCUUACCGUAUCAGGCUGGAUAAAACAAGUCUGCAUUUUCUGCAGCCCUUGGGGAAAGUGAGUUUGCUAUUUGUAAGAUUUAAGCCGUCACAUUAUUAGCAUUUUAUCACAAAGCUACAAAGUUCAUUGUUAUGAUAUGCUAUGUCAUUUCACCCAAAACAAGUGCAACCUUAUGUCAUAUCAAUGUCGCUUGACAAAGGAGAUGACGACUUCAUCAAAGUUGACAAAAUCAGCCUUUGUGACAGACAACACCUUUAUAAAUGUUUAGGUAGGUGUCAUGUACCUAUAUGAGCACUGCCCUACAGUAAAGUGUUAUAGAUUAUUAGCUUUCUGGACACUGAUUACUGAGUACGGUGGCUUGGUGAGUUCUGUAAGUCAAAACUUUGGAGAUUGUUUUGCUCUAGGCCUAUUUUGUUCAGGCCUAGUAGUCAUUCACUGGUCUUCUACACUGCAGUGGUGUUCACUUUCAGAUCAGAGAGACACUUAAGCAGGCAUGUGCAUCACUUUGCUAGACGUAGUGUUCUAUAAGCAUGGUUAACAGAGCAUGGGCAUGCUGUUUGCAAAUGGCAUCGUCUACUAGAUGUCUGACAUCCGCAUGCAAAUUCAAUCCGAGGCAGAAAGACGUCAUAGUUCUACUUUUUUGCCUGUUGGGUAUAUAUAUAUAUAUUUUUUUUUUCUUGUGUCUCAGCCCUGAGAUAAAAGUGUGUAAAUGACAUGUUUUGCUGUUCUGUUACAUGUUCAGGAUCUCGGACAGGCAUCUGCCUGUAAGGCUGCUUGAAAAUGGCAAUGCUUGUGUGCACGUGUAACUGUUUUACUCCUCUGAAAUCGUCACUCAUUCCAAAGAAAAGUCCGUACCGUUGGCCGUCGAGGCACAGGGUUUUUGCUCAUGUCGUGUGAGAAAGUUUUCGUUCCUCUCUGAGAAUGUACUGUGACUCUCUUGCUUUAUAUGAGAGGACUUUGAGGGUGGAAUUCAUACUCCUUUAUAUGUUUUGACUUCAAAUCAUGAGUGUCUUUUAGAUCAUGAGUGUCACAUAGUAUUGUGUUGUACUGUACUGUCUGUACUGGACUAUUUAUUGUAUUCAUAUAUAAACUGUGAGACAAUAAACUAUUUUUCAUGAUA